GCGGGAGAUUUGAGUUUCUUGCGCGUUUUCAUAGCCAUGGACUCUGAAGAUGUGAGGAAACGAUUGGACUUUACAUCAACUGAUUUGGAACAGUCCCUGGAUGUCUACUUGCGAGUCAAACCGCCAGAAACGGCCGUAGACGACAUGUGCGUCAACAUCACUUCAAGCCAAACGGUGGAAGCUAGAGCUCCGUCAUCUAGUCUUGCCUACCGUAACAACACUCGGAAACGACGCCCUGCAACGUACAAGUUUUCGUUCUCACGCGUUUUUCCUCCGUCGUCUUCUCAAACCGAUAUGUUCCGUGCUACAUGUCAACCUGUUAUUGCGGCCUUGAUUAGCGACAUGCAGAGUUCUCUAGUUUUCUCGUUCGGCGUUACUAACAGUGGCAAAACAUUUACUAUCGAGGGAACACAACAAGACGCAGGAGUACUUCCCCGCUCUCUGGACGUCUUGUUCAACUCCGUUGGUCCGAGACUGAUGGUGGACACAAUAUUUCGACCUGAAAAAUAUAACGAUAUUUCAGAGAUGGAUGAACAACAGUCGUUGGUAGAGAGGUCAGUGUUGAAUGAGGUUUGCAGUUAUUCGUCUUUGGCCGUCACUGGUGUGAGCUGUAAGACGCCUUCCGCUGACACCACAUCUGUGAGACUUGGAGAACAUUCAACCUCUAGUAGUGAUGGAGAGUUAAGCGAUUUGGUGAAUACUUUGCAGCAUAGAUCUAGAGAUACAACUUGCUUGGAUUUGUCUGAUGCAGACUCCCAGUUUUCUGUGUUUGUCUCAUAUGUGGAGAUAUACAAUGAGUGCUUGUAUGAUCUACUUGAUGUUAUACCAAAGAAACAGCAGGAAAGACGAGCUCUUCCACUGAGUGAAGACAAGUCAGGAAACAUCUAUGUGAAAUAUUUAAGAAGAAUAAAUGUCAUGUCUGCUGAUGAUGCUCUUCGAGCAGUGGCCUUGGGUAGGAAGAACCGUCACGUUGUUGCUACGUUGUUCAAUGAGCAUUCCAGUAGGAGUCACUGUAUGUUCACCAUCUAUUUGAUUAAAACGACUGCUGGGAAGAAUGCUGUUAGUCAGAUAUCAUUUGUUGACCUGGCUGGAUCUGAACGGACGCCAAAGAUUUCGGUGGCAAAGACAAGAGUGAAAGAGUCAGGAAACAUCAACAAAUCACUGCUAACUUUAAAAAACUGCAUCACAACCAUUCGUUAUAACAACAAUCACAGGUCAAACCAACGUAUUAUUCCUUAUCGGGAGUCAAAGCUUACUCGAUUGCUACAGAACUUUUUUCUUAAUAAAGGAUCAAUAUCUAUGAUUGUCAAUGUCAGUUCUGAUCCUAACAUGUUUGAUGAGACUCUUCAUGUUCUCAGAUUUUCUGCUGUUGCAUCACAAGUUCGAAUUGCUGUUCCUGUGAAUGAAACUGUUGUAUCGGACGAUUCAUCGGAAGAUGAAGAUGAAGAGUUUGACACAUUAUUGGAAGAAAUUGAGAACCUAAGAGAAGAGAAUCUAAUGCUGAAAAGAGAAAUUAGGCAUGAAAAGAGUGCACUUCAGUGGCAGGAACUGAGACUCAGAGAUCAAUUUACUGCAGAGAGCAUAAAGAAAUUGACAGAAAUGGACAUCUGCUACCAAGAAUCUAUUGAUUCUGAAAGAAUCAGAAUGGAAGAAGCAGAACAGCGACGAUUGAGCCUCCAAGGAAGAAUGAUGAUGGAGGCUCAUGAGUCUGAAAUUUUUGUUCUUACAAGCGAGAUCAAUGGCUUGAAACAAAAGUUGUCUACCCAGGCUAAUGUUGUUAAUAGCCAACUGAUGGCUAAGAUGGCUGACAAAGACGAGGAGCUUGAGGAGAUGACUCAUCAAGUUAAUGCUCUAGUAGUAGAGAAUGAUGAAUUAAAUGGACGCUUGCUGACCACUUUGGAUGAACUGAAGGAGAAAAAGAAAGAGCUACUUGAAUUAGAACAAAAGAUGAAAGUAACCAUUUGUGACUUGAACACUCAACUGAACGAUUUGGAGAUGACUUUGGAGCUUGAGAAGAGGAAGGCACAUGAAGCAACUGCUAGCUUGAUAUAUACCAUAGAGCAAAAGGAGGCAGAAACUAAGGAAUUACAGAGUUACAUUCAUAAAAUGAAGGGUGAUCAGCUAGCAGGCAAUAACAGUGUAACAGCGGAUGAACAGGCUCAAAGUCAUUAUGAGUCACAUUCAUUGAUUGUUCAUGAUGUGGAGACAAGUUUGCAUUCUGAGAUUGACGUGACCCCAAAGGCAGCUAAAAAGAAGAAAAGAGGAAGAAAGAGGAAGUCAGAUGAGAACACUGGAAGAAUUGGAACUCUUGGUAAAAUACAAAAAUUGGACCAGUUGGGCAGACAUACAGUAUCAUCCUCAAAAUCUGGAAAUGCAAAGCAAGAUGCAGUAGGUAUACAUUGUGCAGCUGCUAAAAAAGAAAUAUCACGCAAUGUGAGUACAAACAAACAAGGGGCAAAGAGGAAACUAGGAGAUAUGCUGUUUGAUGCUGUUUUCAGUCCUUUAGCAGAAAAAGGUUGGGUGGAAGAACAGUGAAAGAAACAUUUUCUUCAUUCUUUAUUCUAGCAAGAGAAGAAACAGUUUUCAAAUAGAUGUGAAUGAACUACAGUUUAA